CACUUCCUGCCUCGACCAGCUUUGGGUGGAACAGGAAGAAGGGCUUGGCUCUUUGCAAGCUUUGGCUGCCUUGCUUGCUUAGAAACGAGCUUCAUCGGGAUUGCUGCACCCCUAAAGAUGCCGGCCUAUCAUUCUACUCUGAUGGAUUCUGACACCAAACUAAUUGGGAAUAUGGCUUUACUGCCUAUUAAAAGUCAGUUUAAAGGACCAGCACCCAGAGAAACAAAGGAUAUGGACAUCAUCGACGAAGCCAUCUGUUACUUCAAAGCCAAUGUCUUCUUUAAAAAUUACGAAAUCAAGAACGAGGCUGACAGAACCUUGAUCUAUGUAACACUCUACAUUUCCGAAUGCUUGAAAAAACUGCAAAAGUGUAAUUCCAGAGGCCAAGGAGAAAAAGAAAUGUAUACAUUAGGAAUCACUAAUUUUCCUAUCCCCGGAGAGCCAGGAUUCCCACUGAACGCUCUCUAUGCCAGACCCAUAAACAAGCAAGAAGAAGAGGUGAUGAGAGCAUACUUGCAGCAGCUGAGGCAAGAAACAGGCCUGAGGCUUUGCGAAAAGGUCUUUGAUCCCCAGAGUGACAAACCUAGCAAGUGGUGGACCUGUUUUGUGAAGAGACAGUUCAUGAACAAGAGCCUGUCAGGCCCAGGGCAAUGAAGCGAGAACAUGUGACUCUUUCAUCGACGUGCUUCGCGGCUGGAUGUAUAAAUUUUGUCUCUGUUUUCCUAUGUUUUCUACCACAAGAGAAUAUGUGCUUCCAUGAGUGGAGGAAAGUCAAGUUUGGAAAGAGAGGUGGAGCUCAAAUCAUGUGCAGAACUUGUUGAGCUGGAGCUUGAUGAGAAUGACGAAGAUAACAAUAAAAAUAAAAAGAGGUUUCUCACAUUA